AUGGUUGCUAUAACGAACGCUCAUAACGAUUUGAUCCAUGAUGCUGUGCUAGAUUACUACGGUAAACGUCUGGCUACAUGCUCAUCAGAUAAAACAAUCAAGAUUUUUGAAGUAGAAGGUGAAUCACAAAAAUUGGUCAGCACUUUGACUGGACACGAAGGUCCGGUUUGGAGGGUUGAUUGGGCACAUCCAAAGUUUGGUACUAUCUUAGCCUCCUGUUCAUAUGAUGGUAAAGUGAUUAUCUGGAAGGAAGAAAAUGGCAGAUGGUCUCAAAUUGCAGUUCAUGCCGUACAUUCAGCAUCUGUUAACUCCAUUCAAUGGGCUCCACACGAAUACGGCGUUGUACUUUUAGUCGGUUCAUCUGAUGGUAAGAUUUCUGUCGUAGAGUUCAAAGAAAAUGGUGUUACUAACCCUAUUGUCAUUGAUGCACAUGCUAUUGGUGUAAAUUCAGUUUCAUGGGCACCAGCAGUCAUUCAAGAAAAGGCAUCUGCUUCUGGUACCGAUUCUACAUCAAAUAAUUUCCAAGAGUUACGUAGAUUUGUUUCCGGUGGUGCCGAUAAUUUAGUUAAAGUCUGGAAAUAUAGUCCAGAAGCACAAACUUACGUUUUAGAAGAUACGUUAGAAGGACAUUCAGAUUGGGUUAGAGACGUGGCUUGGUCACCAUCCGUGUUACUACGCUCAUAUAUUGCCAGCGUAUCUCAAGACAGAACUUGUAUCAUUUGGACUCAAGAGAACAACAAGGGUGUAUGGAAGAAGACAGUACUACAAGAAGACAGAUUUCCCGACGUCUUAUGGAGAGCAAGCUGGUCAUUGUCAGGUAACAUCUUGGCUAUUUCUGGCGGUGACAACAAGGUCACUUUAUGGAAAGAAAACCUAGAGGGUAAAUGGGAAUCCGCUGGUGAAGUUGAACAAUAA